CCGACUAUCUAAUCUUCUGACUUAGUCCCUCACUCAGUUAUUACUCGGCAUAAUUCUGUUGGCAGAACAACCAACUUCCGCGCUCGCGUACUACCGAAUACUAGGUUACACUUACUUAAAUUCAAUGAACACUGUCAUAUAGUGCGCUGCUAUAACUUUUGUCUUAAACUUUAUCUAAGUAUUUUAAACUCGACGAUUUAAAUAAAAGUCGUUAAAAAUACGCAUCUCGGCUAUUUAAAAUUGAUUUAUUUAUUCAUUUCGUCAUCUCAAUUAUUUCAAGUGUGAUAGUUAAAAUUUAUUGAUGAUAACAAAUAAAAUAUUUAGAGUGUCAUAACAUAUGCCAGUUAAUUAAAACGGAAAAUAGUAAUAACUGUUAAUUAUUUAUUCACGUCAUCAAAAUGUCACGUUAUAUUUAAUUCAUCAACAUCAGCACCGACUGGAAGUAAUUAUAGGAUAUCAGAAACUUCGCCGCACACUGAGUACAAGCUGAGAAUGUCUCGGGGGCAGGCAAACUGGUCAGAUGAACCCGAAGACACCAAUGGCAUUGCCAGACAAAGUCAACCUGGUCAGUCGACUCAGCCAACUCAGCCGCCUCAGCCAAGUAGUUCCACGAGAGCAUGCACACCUCAGCACACCGAGCAACAUCUUCCACAUACCUACGGUGGGUUCAAAUUCGGGCUGUACGGAUGGCGGAAAAGAUGCCUCUAUUCGCUAGUCCUCGGUCUUAUGAUCAUCGUCAUCUUGAACCUCGCACUCACACUCUGGCUGCUUAAGGUCAUGGAAUUUAGUUCGGAAGGCAUGGGCUCGUUGAAAAUCGUACCAGGCGGCAUUGAACUCAGGGGCCAGGCCGCUAUUUUAGAUGCUCUCAUUGCAUCAAGUGUACGAUCAAGAAAGGGGAGGAAUCUUGUGCUCGAAUCAUGGAGCAACUUUACAGCCUCUGCCAGAGCUCGCGACGGCCGGCUCUUGGCACGAUUUACACUCAGCGAAGAUCGAGUAGACUGCGUAUCAAAAGGCUUCCGGAUAACGGAUCCCAGAGGCGGUGUGCUUUUUUCAGCAGACCGAGACCAAGUUGUCGUAGGAGCUGCGACCUUGAAAGUAACUGGGGUCGGUGGUGCUGUCUUUCGUGGAAGUGUGCAGACUCCAUUGGUGCGAGCCGAGCCCGGCCACAGUCUGAGGCUAGAGUCAGCAACGAGAGCACUCGAGAUAAAAGCACCGGAGCGAAUAGUAAUAGAAUCAAGGGCAGGUGAAAUUUUAGCAUCCUGUUUGUUGGACCUGACGCUCCAGAGCAUCGAGGGCGCUAUCAGAAUCGAUGCUAAAUCAGUCUUCCUGAAGGAUCUCAAAAUGGGCACACCCGUGCAGAGACACUCGACCAGAGAACAGCAGCAGCAACAGCAGCAGCAGCAGCCACCGCGAAACGGGAGAUCUUCGAGUGACCAGAGGGAAUCAAACAUCUACCAGCUCUGUGUCUGUGCCAGCGGCAAGUUGUUUCUCGCGAGACCAGAAGGUGUCUGCCAAGCAGACAAAACCGUCUGCUAAUGUCGACUGAAGCGAUCCCUCGGGGAAUUUAUUGUUUGUUAUUUAUUUUUCUCGGGGGAGCGCACCACUUCGCUAACUAAAAACUCAUCGUUUUGUAUGCAUAACGAUACUCUGAUGAAAAAUAAAUCCUUGAUGAUUUAAUAUCUUCAAUAAUAUGUCGUCUUUUAGAUUUUGCUAACAACAAAUAAACAAACAAACAAACAGACAAGUAAAUAAACACCACAAACUGUUGGUCUAAGAGAUUAUUAUUUAUAAAUCAAUAAGUGUUUUGAUACACGACUGUAAAUUUUAAACAAAUAAUAUUUAAUAACG